AUGUCUUCGCAAGGCACCUUUACAGAAGUUCAUCAAUUCACAACGUCCUACAAGCAUAUGUGGGCCCGUGAUGUCGCCAAAACGAAGAUGAACUAUGAUCUCAAGGGUGUUAUCCAACGCCUGAAGAAGUCUGUUCCUACCAAGUUUGACGAAAAAGAUAGCAUCGGUUCAAUCCGAGAGAAGACCAAGGAGUUGACUGGUCCUGGCUACAUCCCUGAGAAGCCAGGUCAGAUCAGCGUAGGCAUUGUCGGCGCUGGUGUGGCUGGCUUGUUCGCCGCCCUUCUCUUUGAUUGGCUGAAUGACCAUGAGGACCUCAAGGGCGAAAGUCUCAAGAUCAGCUACGACAUCCUUGAGGCCGCUGGUGCGGAAAGAUUAGGUGGACGUCUAUACACCCACCACUUCUCUGAUGAAGAGCAUGACUACUACGAUGUCGGUGCUAUGCGCUUCCCCAACAACACUAUCAUGACGAGAACAUUUCAGCUAUUCGAUUACAUCGGAAUCACCCAGAAAAGCAAGCCCGGCCUUAUUCCUUAUUACUUAAAGGACGAGGAAGGCCAAUGCCCAGCCUACUUUAAUGAUAUCACGACCAGAGGCAAUGUCUGGGAAGACACCAGAUUUCCAAAUGAUCCGUACAAGGUUAACGAGGGCCUCCCCGAGAACGGCCAGAUCCCGCCAUGCCUGCUUAAGACCGACCCCAGCGAGCUAGUCCGGAAAGCGCUUAGACCCUUUACGGACGUCGCCUUAAAGCAUUUUAAGGCAGCAAUCGAUGAAGAGAAAGAGGAGGAGAAGCAAGGAUUCAAGAGGGCCGGUAAAGACGAGGAAAGUAGGGAGAGAGGGCCAGCUGCUACAAAAUUAUGGGACCUUCUCAUGAGGGCCGAUCAUAUGAGCGUUCGACAGUUCCUUAGCUCAGGUCAACUGAAACCCUGCGGAGAAGAACCCCAGGUUUCGGUUGAAGGUGAUUUCCCUGAAGGCCCUGGUUACAAUUACAACACUAUCGAGUGGCUUGAGACAAUGACCUACGGUACAGGCUGGUAUGACCAGUCACUCACAGAAUGUGUUCUCGAAGAACUCGAUUUCCACACUCCCGAUAUGGACGACGACCCCGAUAAUAAGGACGUUCAGUACUGGUGGUGCAUCGAUGGCGGUGCUCAAGAGAUCGCCAGGCGCAUGGCUUUGAAGAUCAAGAAGCGCAUUGAAUACAACACCAAGGUUGAAUCAAUCAAUGCCCAAGUUCCGCUUCGUCAACAACGCCCGCGCGGCACGUACACAGCAAUGAAGAUAAAAACCACCAGGACCGAUCCCAAGACCAAGAUGGUCGAGACGAGAAACAGGGAGUAUUUUGCCAUCUUCAACAGCACCACCCUCGGUGCCCUGCAGCGCAUGGAACUUCGUGAAGCUGGCUUAUCAUGGGGUACUAAGCAGGCCAUACGAGCUCUUGGCUAUGGCGCUUCUGCUAAAGUCGGCAUGAAAUUUCGAACUGCAUGGUGGCAAACCGAGCCUUUCAACAUUAGUAAAGGUGGUGUAGCCAGAACGGACUUGUCCCUGCGUGUCUGCGUCUACCCAUCGUAUAACAUCAAGUCAAACGAGGGUGAGGACAAGUGGGAUCCUACAAAGCCCGCCGUACUUCUGUGUUCGUAUACCUGGGGUCAAGAUGCCCAGCGUAUUGGCGCCCUCUGUUCCAACAACACAACACAAGAUGAUGCAGAGCUCAAACGACUCAUAAUACACGACCUCGCCCGACUUCAUGCACGGAUUGAAUAUCCGUUUGAUAAAUUGGUCACAUUCCUUGAAAACCAAUACAUUGACCACCAUGGCUACGACUGGUAUAGAGACCAACACAUGUCAGGAGCAUUUGCGUAUUUCGGUCCCGGGCAGUUUUCGAACAUGUGGCAAGAAAUCAUCAAGCCUAACGCACUAGGCCAACUGUAUCUUGUCGGAGAAGCAGCCUCGUCCCACCAUGCAUGGAUCGUAGGUGCACUGGAAAGCGUCAUCCGAGCGGUGUACGUCAUGUUUCAGGGUCUUCAGAAAGGCAAGGAGGACUUCAAGGCUUACGACAUUGUCCUGAAACUGCUCAGCACUGGGUCCGGUAAGGUCAAGAAUGAUACCAAGCCUUUGAAGAGGAACGGCGAAAUGCCCACGGGACUACCUUUCCAUCCUUUACCGGAAGAGAUGCCUACAACACAGCUUAAGAAGGCCAAGCCAACGGGUUUGACUGGUAGCCCUGAGGAGGAGGCUAGCACGGAUGGCUUUCAGAUGACCUACGGUGCUGCUCUGGCUGUUUUGAGCUUAAUUGAGAGUUUUUAUGAAUUGGGAGUGGAUAAGAAGGACACGUAUCAAGCUUCUUAG